CCGCCGCCGCCGCCGCCGCCGCCGCCGACGCCUUCUGCUUCUUCUCAACGCAAAGUCCAGGUUGAUCAGAAUAUAGGAGAACAUGACAUUUGGUUGAAGCAGGAAUGUCUUGAUUGGAAUUGAUCAAUACAGAUUUUCAGAUCCUUGCUUGUUAUUGUGGAGUGAAAGCAAAUUGUUAGGUUAGUUCUAGACUGAAAAGGCCGGAGAUUUUUCGGCAGAAAUGCAAGGAAUUCAAUCGCUUUCACUGAAAGCAAGCUUGAUCAAAAGUGCAGUUCUGAAACACAUCCGUCUGGCAAAUCCUCAGAUUGUUUCAUUUUCACGCUUCAUGUCUGUUUCGUCUGCACGAAUCGAAGAGCAUGGCUUUGAAAGCACAACGAUUGCUGAUGUACUGAAGGCCAAAGGUAAAAGUGCUGAUGGCUCCUGGCUUUGGUGCACUACAGAUGAGACUGUGUAUGAUGCUGUCAAGUCGAUGACACAACAUAAUGUCGGGGCCUUGGUUGUUGUGAAGCCCGGAGAACAGAAAUCAAUUGCAGGAAUCAUUACAGAGAGAGAUUAUCUCAGGAAGAUCAUCGUACAGGGAAGAUCAUCAAAAUCAACCAAGGUUGGAGACAUCAUGACUGAGGAGAACAAGCUGAUCACGGUUACACCUGACACAAAGGUUCUGAAGGCAAUGCAGCUGAUGACUGAUAACCGCAUCAGGCACAUUCCAGUGAUCAACGAAGGUGGGAUGAUGGGCAUGGUUUCCAUUGGAGAUGUGGUUCGUGCUGUUGUCAGUGAGCAUCGUGAGGAGUUGGACCGCUUGAAUGCUUACAUACAGGGCGGUUAUUAGGUGAUGAUGGAAUAUCAGAUAUCACGGCCCUGUUUGGAUUUAAUUUUCCAACGACUGCCCUGCUUGAAUCAUGAAGGAGUGCUUGUAAAUAUGGCUUGUUGUAUGCGUCUAAGCAGACGCAGGCUCAUAAUAACUAUGUAAUAAGAAAAAGACAACUGCAGAAUAAUUUCUUCCAAUUUCAUCUCUUGGAAUGGCAUGCCGAUAUGAUAUCGCAGGUA